AUGGUGCGCUGUGAGGAAGCACACUUAAAAACGUCCUCCGACGAGUCCCUACUCCUUCAGGGGCCCAUUGGAUUAGGGUCCGGGGAGGAGGACGUACUCCAAACAGAGAAAGCAGAAAGCGAGGGUGAAGCAGAAUACACAGAAGAAACAGUUAUACCUGUUCCAUCUGAAACAACGACUGAGGGGAGCAGCAGGGACAGCAGUGCGAAUUGUUUUUCGCUGGUAAGAACUGUCAAGCCUGAGCCGGAGCUACCGCUUCCCCCCAAUGGGCAAAGCGAAGGAUUACUGGAGUGCCAAGACUCCAGCUCGACCAGCGACGGGAUUCCGGAGGCGUCUCGCCCGCCAGUAGACAGCGCGUCCCUUCCACGGAAGUUGAAGAUAUCCCCCACUGCCAUCAACGAAGGCUCCCAGUGCCCUCCACCUGUUCCUGCAAGUGAAACUUCUCUCCCGUGUAGCUCUUCGCCCCAGGUUUCUACUACAACACCUGUCCUCCCGUAUGUGGUUCCUCUUGGAAGCGCUGGGACUGUAGGGAACACGGGAACAUCAGGCGGACGCCCCUGGGCAUGCAAUGCACCAAGACUGCCAAUGGUCUCUAUUGCGGGGGAGACUCGGGGGCCUGCUCUUGGAAGUGUAGGAUGUUUUAUUUCUUCAGUAUUCCUUGGAACCAAUAGUCACACCCCUAUCCUCCCAGGUGGCGCAGCGGUUGCGUCAUCCGCCCUUCCAGGGGCUGUAGGGCAGCGUUUUUCUGGUCUUGGAGGGCCAUCCCUUCUUCCCUCUGCUUUUUCGUUGGGAGCAAGUUCUAGUUCCCUUAGUUCAUGGCCCCAGCAUCAUAAACAACAGCAGCAGCAAGCCAUGUACCUGAGGCCCCAUUUAGUGCCUCCAGCAUCAGCACGGCCAGCUGGAAAUAUGCCUGUAAUUCUGACGGCCCUGCGUAGGCAUCUUCGGUCACUAAUACGAAUAAUGUACAAUAAGCAGCAUGGGAAAAGUCAAGCUACCAGUUCCCCUGUGCACGACGCCAAUGCCUUUCAAAAGGACCCAGAUGCUGCGUUGUAUGCCCGCGAAACAGUUACUGGAAGCGGGGCUUCAGUAGGCCUAAGCGAAGAACAGACUUCCGCACCAUGCUGCCUAAAAAGCGUCAUCAACGGGAGCCAAAGUGAGUAUGCCCAAUGCUCUGGAGCCGUGGAGAUGCACGAAAUUCUGUCGACCUAUAAACAUAAGCCCCAAUAUGGGUCGUUGAUGGCUGCCUCCAAACAAGGUAAUGGAACAAGGAGGUCCUCAACUACAAAUCCUCAACUGCUCCAAGCAUCUCCCCAAGACCGAACGACGGAGUCUCAAGAAGACUCAACUGAGGUUGCGACUGUCUCAGGCACAGCUCGCAGGGGCACAGCAACAGUGCAACUUGCCGGUAGCUCCAGGGAAUCGUCGCUGCUGCACUUGGGUACUCCUGAUGGAGCUGCAGAGAGUUGGGAAGGGCAGCAAUAUUUUCAUGAGGAGCACCUAGAUGCUUGCUCCUUGAGUGAGCUGAGUGAAUACCUCCAGAUCUUUUCUUCAUUCUUGUCUCUAUCCCUUUCUGAGGUUUCUCGUCAGGAGCCGGCCACUCUCCAGCACGUCAGACUUCAGCUGCUGCUGCUGCGAAACAGUCAUCAGCAGCAACCGACUCGACUGCGUCAGGCUAAGCAUAUUCUUCAGCGAUGGCCUCCACUCCUGCAGUCGUCCACUAUUGGGGGACCUGAUGGGGACGAUGAAGCAACUUCCUUGAACGGCUGUCCAGAAACAAGCAUCUCACCAGUGAACGUGUGUUUGCGUAACACAGCAGCUGCAGCAGGAGCCUCCCGCACAUCAAUGUUGUUCAGCAGUACUAACUUAUUCUUCCUUUCAUCCUUUUCGUCGCCCCCUAGUUCCCACGUUGAUACUGACGUACCGUCUAUAACAACAUCUGCUAUGUCGGGGGAGAAGGCAACAAACGGCUGUUCCGUUUCUACAGGGCAAUGCGAGGCGGGACCUGAGCAAACGGCCGUUAGGAACGCAGGAUUUCCUUCGUCAUCAGUAGACGCGUUCAGUGUAGAUGGACCACCAACCAGCAGCAGCAACUCAGCUAACGUAGGUACACCUACAGCAGUGGCCGAAUGCCCACUCCAGCCCCCACUCCCUAAUACGUUUGUGGCUACAGCAACAAACGACAAUCCUGGCGGGGCACCAGGACUCCCUCCUUCCAAGGACAAGUUGGCGCUGCCAUGGAAUUCUGAUGGUACUGGCACAAGCGGUGUAUCAGCGCCACCAGCGGCAGGCUUGAGAUUGUCUCCAGUUUCAGGGACUGCAAUUGGCAUACGAUUGCACAAUCUGAUUGGAGGGACACCGUUAGGUCUGAGCAAUACCCUUUCCUUGUCUGGAAGUUCCGGGGGAGGAGCAAUUCACCAGAGCACGGAAGCACCCACUGGGUCACCUGUUACUGCAAACAGCUGCUGCGCGGUAGGGGCUCUUCUGGAGGGGGGAUCGGCUAGUCUUGCUCUUUCUCCAGGUUCGCUUGAGUGGAUUCGUGACGGGAAGGGCACAACGCGGGAACGUCCAGGUGACCUUCUCCCCGCAGAUGGGGGCUUGGGUGGCCGUCGACAGUGUUCCUCCAGGCGGGCAUCCGAUCGGGGGGCCAAAGGGAAGGCUGGUGAGGCAACAGAAGAUUGCUCCAGGAGUGGAUCGCGAACCUCUAAGGAGACAAACAGGAAAGCAGGGAGCGCUGUCACGCCAAUUCCGCAAGUGACUAUAGGUCUUGCUGGGCCUCCAGGAGGAGCCUUCAAUUUGGCCAAGAGCAACAACCAGGAGUUCAUUCUUCCCAAGAGCGAUUUUUCAGCCAGCCGUGUUGCCCGCCUUAGCCGCAGAGCGAUGGAACUACCCUAUGUUCACGGCGUUCGCUUUGAAGCUGCAAAUUUUGCCUGGGUAGCCCAGAUGAGGGGAGAGGCCCGCAGGUUUCUAGUAAAAAAACACGGCUUCGUAAAAAGCAGGUUGUGCGCUAUUGAGAAGAUUGAGAUGUGGAGGGCUGCUCUGUCUCCUGAAGCGCUUGCAAGCGAGCUUAAAGCUGAGCAGGACGUUUUGGCAAUGGUUCCAAAUAUGUGCCCAGAGGACGCCGACCCCGACGCCAUGCAGGCAGUGGAGGAGUCUCUGCGCCUCAAGUUCCAACGAGGAACUAUCAUGUCAUGUCGAUCAAGCGGAGGUGCUUCUUUAGGGCUCAAGCGACAAAGAAACUUCUGUUUAGACAGUGAACGGGACACAUCUAAAGCAAACCGUUCCCACGACACAUUUUCCGACCAACUCCUGGUACAACACCAGCAGGUAAUGACUGCGCAACAACUGAUUACACAACCCAGCGCUCAGGCCGACGGACAGCGGCACCAAUUUCAGAUUCCUCAGUCCCACUUGGUGCAAUCAUCGCAGCAGCAGCUGGUUGACAACUCUCAGCAGCACCUGCUGACGCAGGAGCAUCUGUUCAGAGCCAUUGCUUCCCCUGCAUCGAAUACAAAUCCCACCGGAGGACGUGAUACUCCAGAGCAGCCACAACAGCAGCAAGUGCUCCUGCCUCUGGAGGGGUUUCGCACAAGAGGGCAACAGCAGCAACUAUUGUCGCACCAUUUUCCAUCAGGAAUAUCCACGCUGCCUGCAAUACGCCUUCAGCAGCACACGGUAGGAGCAAGUAGCCAACAGGCCAGACCAGCUCCUGAAUAA